UACUGCACACCCCGUCAUGCUUUAGUGUCGGAAGUCAUGUGACAUACCAGGGUACCAGCUACGUGUUGGAGCCACAAGAAAACUGCUCUGUCCGCCGCUCUGCAGAUUUGUAGGGGAAAACGCUGUCGUAAUGAAGAAAACUUCAAGUUAACGUGAACACAGCUAUAGAAGCUUUCAAGAUGUCCAAGUCUUCUCUACUAAAGGUCGUUCUUCUCGGGGACGGUGGGGUUGGGAAAAGCUCGCUCAUGAACAGAUUCGUCACCGACAAAUUUGACAGCCAGUCCUUUCACACGAUUGGCGUAGAAUUCCUAAAUAAGGACAUCGUCGUGGACGGCGAGGGUUUCACGCUUCAGAUAUGGGACACCGCGGGCCAGGAGAGGUUCAAGAGUCUGAGAACGCCGUUCUACCGCGGGGCGGACUGCUGCUUACUCACGUUCGCCCUGAACGACGUGCAGAGCUUCAAGAACCUGGGCAUGUGGAAGAAGGAAUUUCUGUACUACGCCGACGUGCGGGAUCCCGACAACUUCCCGUUUGUCGUGCUCGGGAACAAGUGUGACAUGGAGGACCGGGAGGUCGCGACGGAACAGGCGGAGGCCUGGUGCCGGGAGAACGGGGACUUGCCGCUGUACGAGACGAGCGCGAAGGACGCUAUUAAUGUGGACACUGCGUUCACGGCGGCGGUGAGACGGCUGGUCAGGUUGGAGGAGAGAGUGGAGGCAGGUUAUAGCAACACUGUCGACCUGAAUGCACAGGCGAAACAGUCGUCAUGUUGCUGAGUACUGAAGUUUAGCCAAGAGUAGCAGGAACAGAUGAAUUCACACUUCCGUAGACUACAAAAACUGUUCACACACGCUACCCAAGAACGGACUUUGCGUUAACAUGCACAUAUUUGAAUUCAUCAAAUGUUGGCUGAAAUUAUAAUUGUAAUUACCGUCUGUGGUGCAAGCAGUUUUUGUAGUCUGUAAAAAUGUAAGCAGAUAAACAUUCCCUUUUCCAGAGUUACACAAUCCGAUGAAGAGGGCAGAUAAUAAUUAGGACACUGAACAAUAAAACCCAAGACUUUUGUCUAGCUUUAGACUCAGUACACAAUGACACGCAUGGUUAUGAUGGAAAAGAUAACACAAGAAUGUGAUCUACAGGAUUGUACAGGCACACAAAAAAACUUUCAAAUGUUCUCACAUUGAUCUAGAAAAUUUUGUUCCCAUUGAAAGAUACUACUUUUUAGCUUUUGCCUUUUGUCAGGUAUGCAAUGGUUUUCUCAGUUGUAUUUUUAGGCUACACAGUCUUAACUACUUGCUUGCAGAUGUCAUCCAUUUCAUCAAAUCAACAUGUCCUUUAAAACCUGUAGUAGUGUUAUUGGUGCUUGUAUGUGAUUUGGUAAAGAGCAGUGAUCAAGCUCCAGAAACAAGUUGUUAAGAUUGUACAGCCUUAAAGUACUAAGAGUGCAUAUGUCUUGCCCUUUCUGUCUGUAUGGCAACAUGAAGUUUUGUUGUUAACAUAUGAAACUCAAGCCCUCUAGAUGGACAUUAGAAGAUAUAAGAAAAUAAUUCAAUGUACACACAAUGUACCUGAAUAUAGACCAGUUAAUGAUUGUCUUUAAUGUCUGUUUUGGUUGGUAUGGUAGUAUGUUUGUAAACAUCCAUGGUUCAGCACUACCAUGCAAUAUAUUACAUAGGAACUUCAAAACACCAAGAAGCUUUCUUUUAUAUGUAAUAUCUCCCACCUGCUUACAUUCAGACAUCUUCGAAGAUUCUAACGUAGGUGGCGCUUUUGUGGCAAAAACACAAUCCCAAACGUGGCUAAGUUUGUAUCCCCCCUCGAAACGUAAGCAGGUGAAAAAAGAAAACUCCAAUAUGUUUUACCAACCUGAUGAAAUUAUUUUUGGAAGCAACUCUGGUCUUGCAGUAACGUCAUGUCAUAGAAAUCAGUUCAUUUCUUUCCACAUACCGGUAGGAGGUGGAUUUUUUAAGAUGUGAGGGUGUGGGAAAAUGUCUAAUAACAACAAACCUACAAUUGAAGUGUUGUGUCGAAUGUAAGAUCCAUUUAACAAUUGUCGGUGGCUUUCGUCCCCUUUCUGCUGGACGGCAAUCGCUCAUGCGAAUUUACAGCAACCAAAAUCGGAUUUAUGUGACUUUUGAUGUAAAAAUAUAGAUAUACAAGACAGCAAAACACACAAAACAUUAAAAAAAAUUUUAUUCAAUCAUUGAAACUUUUAGACAUCUUUGGUCAUUCACAGCCUCCAAUAGAAAGGGGUAGAAACGCUACAGUAAUUACUACACUGUAUUUGUACGCGCACAUUGACAUAUCGUUCUACAAUCCCCCCCCCAUGAUAAAAACGUGACAUUCUACGUAUUUUUGAAACAAGAUCAAAAGUACUUAACUGUUCUGAAACGAUUGUACAGUAUAAUUAUAUGUACGUGCAGAGAUUUCUGCAUACUAAUCAUGAACAAAUUGUAAGAAGUUUAUUUUAAGAAUUAGAGUCCACAGUUUCGUCUCAAUAGUGUACUGAGAUUUCUGUAUGAUAACUGCGUGAAAAUUACAACCGAUAUCAAUAUCUAAUAAUGAUAACUGUGAUUGGAAACUGUGGCCUUGAUUGGAACAUUGUGCUGAUUAAUGGAAUAUUUGAUGUGAAAUAUUCUUAUCGAUUGAAGAGUGUUUGAGAAUUGCAGCAGACUUGAUGUGUACUGAUAUAUAUUCAUUCUGCACAAAAUCUACACAUGGAAACUCAAUAAACUAAGUCAUAAAAGACAAAA